GAAGAGGGCAACUUGCCCGUGUGACAGCGCAAAUGGAGUUGAAUGUCUUGCAGUAAAAGCGCUCAUACACUUACAUCUUCCGUCUGCAGCCGGACCUAGAGAGUUGUGUUUCUUGUUUUGUUGUUUUAAUUUUGAGGCUAUUUUAAACAAAACAUUGGUUAUCUUCAUUAGAAGCAAGACAUAUAGCAGCCAUGUACCAGCCGCAACCAAUCAUAACACAGCCUGGGCAGCAACAACACACAAGUAACACCAUCAUCGUCCAGCAGCAGCAAGGUCACGUGGUCCAUACAAGACCAUGGACAACUGGCCUGUUUGACUGUUGCAGUGACAUACCAGUCUGCCUAUGUACCACAUUCUGUUACACAUGUAUGGCCAUGAAGGUUGCAAGUGACAUGGAAGAGUUCGUCUGCUUGCCUUGCUGUGUCCCGGCCGCGACAUUGACCAUGAGGGUGAAGAUGAGAGCCCAGGAGAGGAUACCUGGAUCCAUUUGUAACGACUGCCUAACGGAAUGCUUCUGUGGCUAUUGUUCCUUGUGCCAGUUGGCCAGAGAAGUGAAGACAGUGAAAGCCCAACAGUCUUAUGUAAUGACAAACAGCCGAAUGUAAAAGGAAAAUAGAAGUAGAACGAUUUGUAUUUUGUUUUUAAUUGUAGAACUGAUGAUAGUUAGACAUUUAAAAAAUAUAUACAAAAUUGUAGGACUGUUUACAAUUACUUUUUAAAAAAUACAUAUAGCUGAAAGAGAAACUAGAAUUAGAUCUAGAACUGGCGUGUAUGGAAGUACUUUGAUAUUUGGGUCAAAUAAGAAGUAAGGGGCCUUAUAAUUCAAGCCUAGUUAUAGAUUUUUGGUUAGCGCCAACAAGUACAAUGACCAACUCUGAUGCUUGCAAUUACUUUAAUAGUCCAAGAGUAUUCUCAAUAUGUAUAUUUUGUACGUUUUGAAAAUUAAAUAAUCAAUGGCCUUUAAGUAGGCUACUUAAAUUAGAAUCGUACCACAAGAAACCCAACGGAGACAAAUAGGAUUAGGUGAUGCUUUCACCUUCCUAUCCUGGAAGCAUUUUAUUAUGUUUAAAAAAUUAUUAAUUAUGUAAGCACACACAACGUAGUCCUAGUAUUUUUGUUUUAUAAACAGCUCUUUAACAAAAGCAGAUCUUAUUAAUUGCUUUUAUACAUAGAUAUCAAUAAUAAUAGAAAGAAAUAUGUUUUGUUUUCUUAAAUGUGAAAUAGUAUUCUACUUUUUUAAUUUUGUGUAUUUGUAAUUCCUGAAAGCUAAUGCAACUUAACAAUUGUGAAUAAUAUGGGGGAAAACGAAAAAGGGGAGAUAAAAAAUGAUUGCCGUAAUCCCCCCCCCCCCUUUCCCCUUUACGAUUAUGCUUAGAUCCUUGUUAGAUACUUGGAUUGGGUGGUUGAAAUUCAUAUUGAAGCUCAGUCUAUGAGCCCAAGGCAGUCCAAUGCCUCAACUACAUGAUCCAUUGUUGUCAGUACUUAUGUUAAAUUACCAUAAUUAAGCGUAUCUAAUUCCACAUUGAAUCUGCUUUGUGUUCAAUAUCAUUUGAUAACAUUGCUAGAUAGAAUAGAACCAGUAAAUUUUAAAUUCUCUGUAUUGUAAUGAAUCAAAAUGAAAAAAAAAAUCAUUUUAUGCAAAUUGUGCCAAACUAUGAAAUGGCUUUGAAAACUGCAUAAUUACAAAUUAUAUAUUUUAAAAAGUCAUGCCAAAUAUCCAGAUAGAGCAUUUUAAAAAUUUAUUCUACUUCUGGCAAAGUGGAGUUGUUGAUUUAAAGCGUUCAAUUAAUUCCUGCAGAUAACUUACAUUUGUCCUUAAAGUUAGUUAACCAUUAUUUACAUAAUCAGGAUAACUUUACUUCCAUUGCCCACAAGGUUUUCAAGACCUGAACUUGAUGUAUUAACAAAGUGGAGAAUAAGUAGACUAUUUUAUUAAAGCCUGAUUGAUUCUUUGCCUAGCACACCUGUAAAAGUUUUGCUCUUCACUGUCAACAGAAUUGUACUCAUUAGUGAAUGAUGAAAGAUAGUUCACUUUUUAAAUAUCUCCAUAUCUACUGCCAUUUCAUAAUUUGAAACUUAUAUAGUUUUGUUUUCCAUUUUCUACCCCAUGUAUAACCUACUCUGUUUGCUGUUCAGACAUUCUUUACAAUCAUUAAAUGCCUUACAUUUCAAAGUUAUUUUUGGAUCGUCCUUGAUAUUUAUUGUUUUGAAAUAUAUACAUUUUUUUAUCACAUGUGCUUCAUAAAACUUAUAUCUCUGUUUUUUUUAUAUACCCGUAUUAAAAAUCUAUUUUAAAA